CAUCAACAACAUCACCAUCAUGGGACGCAAGAGGAGAUCGAGCGGAGCCGCUGCGCCCACUAAGGCCAAAGAGGCUCCCGGGGCCAGUAUCAAGAAGAUCGAGUCCUACGAGGACACGCUGCAGGAGGGCGGCGUCGACGAUUACAUGUUCAAGCGCGAUCAAAUCAAGUUCGACACCCGCGAUGACGAGUCUGACGACGAUAUCGGCGCUAAUGGCGAGGAGGUGCUUGGCCUGAAUGUUCACAAGUUCCGCCGGGACGAAGACGCCGAUGAGGAAGCAGACGAGGAGGACGAAGAGGAGUGGCCUGAGCCGAAGCAACUCAAGCGACUCUCGAAAGCAAAGCCUGACCUCUCAACCAAGGGACGAUUUGGAAAGGAGGAAGAGGACUCGGACGACUACUCUGAAGAAGAGGAGUCGUCGUCGGGGUCGGAGUCUGAGGAGGAGGGUUGGGGGCGGCAGUACUACUCCCGCCCUAGUACACGGCGCGAGAAGGAAGACGAGGGGACGUAUGACGAGAAGCGCGAAGAAGAGCGCGAGCUUGAGGAGAAGGAGGUGCGCAAGCUGCAGAAGCGAGCGCGUGAGGCCCUGUCCGGCGCUGAAGACUGGGGUCUGGAUGAUGUUGAGGUCGAGUACGCUGCUCCUGAACAAGAAGAGCAGGGAGAGGAGGUGCGCUCCGUGGUGGCUGCUCCGGAAACGGAUGAUGCGUCGACGCUGCUGCGCCACCUCGCCAGCCACGAACCGCUCAAGCUGGCACUCGCCCGUGACUUCCCUCUGGUUCUCCGCAAGCUGCAGAAGACGAGUUUUGGCAUCGCCAAGAUGGAGGCGGAAGCUGAGGGCGAGGAGACGCUUCACAAGGGCCUCGGAUAUCUGCACUACCAAACUCUUUUGACGUACGCCACGACACUUGCGUUCUACAUCCAUCUGUGUGCGCUUCCCGCAGACGAGCGGCCUGACCUCUUGGCCCACCCUGUGAUCAAUCGCUUGCUGGAGCUCAAGCAGGGGCUUGCAGCUCUUGAAAGCCUCGACUUUGACGCUGGCUCCGUAUCGGACAAGGGGCCAGAGCUCUUCGUGCGCCCAGGCGAAGAGGACGACGAGGACAUGACCGAGGCGAAGCACGAGCUUAUGGCGCGUAUGCUCGCCGGUGAGCUCCCGGGAACCGAGGGUAUGACGCUCGACGACUUCGAUGCGAUGGACGACGAGGAAGGUGACGAGUCAGAUGGCAACCUCUGGCACCAAGCUGGGCUUGAGGACGACGAGCUCGACGGGCUACUCGCAGACCAGGUUGCGCCGCUCAAGAUCAAGUCCAAGAAGGAGAAGAAGGAGAAGAAGAGGGAGCGCGGACGAAAGAAGAAGUCAAAGCCUACGACCGGAGAGGGGGAGGAUGCGGUUGCGGCAGUAGCGUUCACUCCGCUGGCCGAGCCCGAGUUUGUCGCUACCAAGAAGAAGAGCAAGAAGGUGCCCAAGCUGUCAGCCGAAGACGAGACAUUGGGCGACUUGCUCGAGCUUACGGACGCGGACGCGGGCGACAAGGAGCAUCGCAAGCGAUCGCUCCAGUUCCACACGCAGCGCAUCAACAGCAUGUCCAACCGCCGCUCAGCUGCUCGCGAGCGCCGCGCCGGCGGCGACGACGACAUUCCGUAUCGCUCGCGGCAGGCCGCGCGCGACGCUGCUCUGCGCAAGAAUGCGCCCAAGGGCGACGGUGGCGAGGAUCUUGGCAGCGAGUGGAGCGAGAGCGACCGCAAGCGCGCGCGCGAGGUGCGCGACGAGCAGGAAGACGGGACCAACGAGGCUCAGGAAUACUACGAUCUCGUGAAGCGGCGCAAGGUCACCAAGGAGGCCGCGAAGUCAGAGGCGCACGAGGAGUUCCGCGAGGCCAAGUUUGCAGCCUUUGAGGACGAGAGUGCCGAGGGCCCACGUAGUGUCUCGCGCGCCAUCGAGAAGAACCGCGGCCUCACGCCAAGGCGUUCCAAGACGGGGCGCAACCCGCGUGUCAAGAAGAAGCUCGCGUACGAAAAGGCCAAGCAGAAGGUUGGGAGCCAGCGGGCUGUGUACAAGGGCGGGCAAGCGGCAUUGGGUGGCGCGUACGCCGGCGAGAAGAGUGGUAUCUCGACCGUUUCCAAGUCGCGCAAAUUCUAGGGUGUAUGCACUUGAUUAUCAUAGAUC